UUUAAAUAUAUAACGCUCGAGGCACGCCAGAGACGACCUCUUCGGCCGCUGCGCGUCGAUACGACACCCGCGCCACAUCUGUCGACGUCCAGCAGUCCACCAUGACCACCGCUCAGCCGAUCUUCUCGAAGGGAGAAAACUGCAAGCAAGUGUGGCACGGCGCGAGCGCUGACUACAAUGAGACCGACACGCACUUGGAGAUCAUGGGGAAACCCGUCAUGGAGCGCUGGGAAACUCCAUACAUGCACUCUCUUGCAACAGUUGCAGCGUCCAAAGGUGGAAGGGUGCUGGAGAUUGGCUUUGGAAUGGCCAUAGCGGCCACUAAAGUGGAGUCCUUCCCCAUCGAGGAGCAUUGGAUCAUUGAGUGCAACGAUGGUGUUUUCCAGAGGCUGCAGGAAUGGGCCAAAAGUCAGCCACAUAAAGUCGUUCCUCUGAAAGGCCUGUGGGAAGAAGUGGUGCCUACCCUGCCCGACAAUCACUUCGACGGUAUUCUUUACGACACAUAUCCUCUGUCGGAGGAGACCUGGCACACGCACCAGUUCAACUUUAUCAAGGGUCAUGCUAACAGACUGCUGAAGCCCGGCGGCGUGCUCACGUACUGUAACCUCACUUCCUGGGGCGAGCUGCUGAAAAGCAAAUACAACGACAUCGACAAAAUGUUCCAAGAAACACAAGUUCCCCACCUGGCGGAAGCGGGAUUCAACAAGGAGAAGAUCAGCACCACGCUGAUGGACAUCAGUCCUCCCAGUGAAUGCAAAUACUAUUCCUUUAAUAAGAUGAUCACGCCAACUAUUAUUAAAGAAUGAGGGAAAAACUGACUGUGUAUAAAAGAUAAAUCUGUCAAGUGUUUUUGAAAUGAAAUCAUAUGAUUCGUUUGUAAGAGUCAAUUGCAUUUAAUUCUCGCAAAAUGACUGGGAAACGUUUUGUAAAAUGCCUAGUUUGUGCCACUCAAAGCCUUUUAUUUCUUUUAUUUUUGAUUACGCUACAUCGAAAUAAACACUACAUAAUUAUA